AUGGGUCCCCAAGAACAACAACUCCACUUUGUCUUGUUUCCAUUGAUGGCUCAAGGCCACAUGAUCCCCAUGAUGGACAUUGCAAAAAUAUUGGUGCACCGCAAUGUUAUUGUGACAGUAGUCACAACACCACAUAAUGCAGCUCGUUUCACUUCAAUCUUUGAUCGUUAUAUUGAAUCUGGGUUCCAAAUCAGAUUAGCUCAACUUCAGUUCCCAUGCAAAGAAGCUGGAGUACCAGAUGGAUGCGAGAAUCUCGAUACCAUACCUUCACUUGGCAUGGCUGCGGGUUUCUUCAAUGCAACAAACUUUCUACGUGAGCCAGCAGAAAAACUACUUGAAGAGUUAACACCACCACCUAGCUGCAUAAUCUCUGAUAUGUGUUUACCAUAUACAAAACACAUUGCUAGAAAAUUUAAUAUUCCCAGGAUUUCAUUUGUCGGAGUAAGUUGUUUCUAUCUCUUUUGCAUGUCUAAUGUACGCAUCCAUAGUGUUAUCGAGAGCAUAACUGCUGAAUCGGAGUGCUUUGUUGUGCCUGGUAUCCCUGACAAAAUUGAAAUGAACGUAGCUAAGACAGGAAUGACAAUUAAUGAAGGCAUGAAAGAGUUUACUAAUACAAUGUUUGAAGCUGAAACAGAAGCUUAUGGGAUGAUCAUGAAUUCUUUUGAAGAGUUGGAGCCAGCAUAUGCAGGGGGAUACAAGAAGAUGAGAAACAAUAAAGUGUGGUGUUUCGGACCUCUAUCAUUUACUAACAAGGAUCACUUGGAUAAGGCUCAAAGAGGUAAAAAGGCUUCAAUUGACGAUGGCCACCUGAAGAGCUGGCUUGAUUGUCAAAAGCCAGGGAGUGUAAUAUAUGCAUGCUUUGGAAGCAUAUGCAAUUUAACACCUUCACAGUUGAUAGAACUUGGUUUAGCCUUGGAAGCAUCAGAAAGACCCUUCAUUUGGGUUUUCAGGGAAGGAAGUCAGUCAGAAGCAUUGGAGAAAUGGGUUAAACAAAACGGAUUUGAGGAAAGAAUCAGUGAUCGUGGCCUUCUAAUUCGGGGUUGGGCUCCUCAGUUACUAAUAAUAUCACACCCUGCUAUUGGAGGGUUCAUAACACACUGUGGUUGGAACUCUACCUUAGAGACAAUAUGUGCUGGGGUGCCAAUGGUUACAUGGCCACUAUUUGGUGAUCAGUUUAUGAAUGAAAGUCUAGUUGUAGAAAUAUUAAAAGUUGGAGUGAAGGUUGGGGUGGAGAGACCUAUUACAUGGGGCAAAGAAGAGGAAAUUGGUGUGCAAGUGAAGAAAAAAGAUAUUGAAAGGGCAAUAGAAAGUUUAAUGGGUGAGACAAGUGAAAGUGAAGAAAGAAGAAAAAGGAUAAGAGAGCUUGCAGAGAAGGCUAAAAGAGCUGUAGAGGAAGGGGGAUCUUCUCAUUCUAAUGUGACCUUGCUUAUCGAGGAUGUCAUGCAAAAAGUCAAGAGAGAUGUGUGAUAGUCUCAUUUAUCAUAAACCAAUUUGAAAAGGCCACACUUUGUAGUUUAUCACUUAAUUAUCCAUCUUUUGAAUGGUGUACAAUGACAUCUUUCAAAUUGAUUCAUAAGGUGUGCAAGUGAAUACAACUUUUAUAUGCAACUGUUUCGUUUCAACAGUACUAAAUAUGUAACCCAUUACUCUCUAGCAGUCUAGCUUUUAGUAUUCCCGCAUAUUGAUUGAAUUUCUUGUAAAACUCAAUUUCAAAGGCAGAAUAUUACUUGAUUAGCUGA